UUAUCAAUAUCGAAAGUUGGCUAUGCGCAUGUCUCGCUUGAAAUCCGUUUCCACUUCCUUUUCCAUGAAAACUUCAGAAUGGUGAACGUUCCGAAGUCACGCCGGACCUUCUGUAAGGCUAAAAAGUGCAAAAAGCACACCACCCACAAAGUUACCCAGUACAAGGCUGGAAAAGCAUCCCUGUAUGCUCAAGGAAAAAGGCGUUACGACCGGAAACAGAGUGGAUACGGUGGACAGUCCAAACCUGUCUUCAGGAAGAAGGCUAAGACAACAAGGAAGAUUGUGCUCCGUAUGGAGUGCACAGAGUGCAAGUACAGAAAGCAGCUGCCCAUCAAGAGGUGUAAGCACUUUGAAUUGGGAGGUGACAAGAAGAGAAAGGGCCAGAUGAUCAUGUUCUAGACUGCACUUCCUAAAUAAAUAUGUAAAAAAACAACACAA